AUGGGCAGGGUUGGCAGUUCAAAAACUACCAUCCAAAUCCUAACGAGGAACAACCCGCAUCUGUUCUCAUACAAGACCAAUCCAGACAACCCCAACGAAAGAUCUCAGGCAAAUCAGUUCCAAAACACUGGAUAUCAGAAGCCAUACUUCCAGAAUCAUAAUCAGAAUGGGAAGAUGUUCAUCCUCAGUCAGGCUCAGAAUCAAUUUCAGAACCGGCAGAAUAAUCCACAGGCUGCUCCUGCAACCGCCAGCGGUCAACAGAUUCAAGGAAAAGCACUGAACCAGGUUACAACCGAUAUAAACACUCAAAUGGACAACAUGUUCACGGAAUUGAAUUCCAAAUAUGAUGCUGUAGCAAGCCACAUAAGGCAGAUGGACGUUCAGAUUGCUCAAACUGCUGAAACAAUAAAAAGGCAACAGGGAACACUCCCAGGGAAAACAGACAACAAUCCCAAGGACUGUAACGCAGUCGAGCUGAGAAGUGGAAGACAUCUAUCAGAUCCUGUCCCCAAGAAGCUCACUGCUUGUUGGGGUCAAAAUCGUGCAAAUUUCGGUUCCCACACUGCUCAAGAGAAGGGAAAACAGAGAGAGGGAGAACCACCUUCGCUUGAGGAUGUCCACGAUGACGAUCAUGAACCGGAACAGCCAACAACCGCAGAACCAGUAGCCCCCACGACGCAAGAUCAACCUGUUCCAACUUGCGUCUACAUUCCAAAAGUUCCCUAUCCAGUCCCAGCUAAGAAAUCACGCAAGGAUUGCGAAGAGAUGAAGUGCAAAAAGAUGCUUGAAGAGUUGAACAUUAAGUUCUCUCUCAUGGAUGCUAUUCAGAUGAUUCCUUUAAUGCGUAGUCUUGUGAAAGGGAUGAUCUCCGGAAAGACUUUUGCAGACAGCGACAUCAUGAUGAUUGGAAAGACAGUCUUCGCUUGUUCUUUAUGCGAUCUGGGUUCCAGUGUGAAUCUCAUGCCAUACUCAGUUGCAAAACGCAUGGGACUAACCAACUUCAAGCCAACCAGGAUUUCUUUGGUAUUCGCAGACAGAUCAGUCAAGUUGCCAGUAGGUGUUCUUGAAGAUCUACAAGUUCAAAUUGGUAACACCACUGUUCCGGCAGACUUUGUGGUUCUAGAGCUCGAAGAUGAACCGAAAGACCCUCUCAUUUUGGGCCGUCCUUUCCUGUGCACAGCUGGUGCAAUCAUUGACGUCUGCAACAGGACGAUAGAUCUCCAACUGGGAGAUAUUGUGAUGAAAUUCGAGAUGGAUGAGCGUCUCAAACGACCUAUGCUAGAUGGUCAGAACUUCACGAUUAGCGACGAGAAUGCCGCCUUGAGCCCUCAACAAGGGAUGAUCGAAGAAAUCCUCGCAGAUGAUCCUUUGGAAGUAGCUCUGACACGAGUAGAGUCUGAGCAGAACACGUGCAACGUUGAUGCCGACAGAUACGAAAAGAUGCUAGACUCGUGUGAAAUCAUCGAGAAGCCGGUCGCUUUUCUAAGUCUGGGGGAAACGAGCAAUCAGAUUUCACCAGAAGGAGCAGCUGCUCCUAAAAAGCCGACCAAACCAACCAGCCAGCUCGAUGAUUCGUGGAGCGAACUCAAGGCUCCAAAGAUCGAAUUAAAGUCCCUUCCAGCUGGACUCAGGUAUGCAUUUCUUGGACCUAAUUCAACAUACCCUGUCAUCGUGAACUCUGAGCUUAAUAAUGUGGAAACUGGUAAACUAUUGUGUGAAUUGAGAAAAUACUAG